AGAUACCCGGUAGAGUAGAGGUAGAGGUACGGUACGAGUACACUACUGUACCGGUAUCUACAAUUCCGUCACCUGCGACAGCACUGAAAUAUCAAAACCACAGGGAUGGCCAUCUCAAGCCCCGAAAUCCCGAGACAUACUGUAUACACAGGAUAGAACUCUCUCUAUGGAACGCAGCUCCUAUAGAAGAAACUGUGGCCUAGGCCACUAAAUCCAGCCUUAAUGUCCUUCAUCAAUCCGAGCUGGGGGGAACCAAUUUCGGAAUUUCCCAACAACUCCUAUAAGUGUACUCUAUCGUCCAAGCUUUGGUCGACGGGAAUUACGGAUGCCGGAGCUAUAAAGAGAGUCCCCCCCUCGCCUCCUAAUUCCUCUGCAUUGUAUUGCGCACCUUUAGCCGAAUCUCAAAGUGCAGGGGUAAAAAAGAGAAACUUCAAUAAUGUUGUUCAAGAAAGAAAUCCUCUCACUCCUUGCCUGCACAGCGGGAGCAUUGGGAGCUCAUAUUCGCAAUCGGGAUGCAACUUCUGUAUUCUUGCUGGCCGGUGAUUCAACGACGGCGAAGCAAACAGAUGGUGGUGGUGGUAAGUUUCUCCCUCUCCCCGUACUGCUUUGUUAAUAUCCAAGUAGGUUGAUCUUAAUUGAUUGGUGUGGAUAGGCUGGGGAGAAGGCUUCAAAAACUUCACCAUCAGUUCACCCUCAUUCGCGGUGAACUACGGGCACAACGGAGCAACGACGUCGUCAUUCAUUUCUGGCGGUGACUGGGAGACGGUAUUGUCAGAAGCUUCGCGGCAUUCUUCUUCUAAGACUGUUUACGUUACCAUUCAAGUAACUCCCCUCCAGUAGGAGUGAGUCGGAAGACAUAAAAGAAACUGACAGCACCAGUUCGGCCACAACGACCAAAAACUCUCGAACUUUGUCGAGACCUACAAAUCCAACCUCCGCCGCAUGAUAUCCGAUGUUAAAGCCAAUGACGCCAUUCCCGUAUGUGCCCCUUCCCCACCUCUACCCCCACUGCAGCUGUCUGACUCCACCAGAUAAUUGUGACCUCCAUCUCCCGCCGCAAGUACAGAUCUAACGGGACCAUCAACGACAAUCUGGAAACCUGGGCCGGGUACGCCAUCUCGGUCGCAAAUGAGGGCGAAACAAUGUACAUCGACCUGUGGAAGAACUCCGUCAAGUACCUGGAGAAGAUCGGGGAAACCGCGGCGCGCAAACUCGACCUGAAGAGUGGCGAUGCCACGCACUUGAACGGCAAUGGUAGUAUCGUGUUUGGCAGGAUGGUCAUGGACUUGCUGUGCGAGAAGAGCGCCGCCAUUAGGGCCGUGGCGAAGCAAGAUGAGAAGUUGAGUGGGAAUAUUGAAGCGGGCACGCCCAGUUUUUAAGUUAAUUGGGAGGAAAAGGGUAGACCUGAAUACAUAAUUAAUAUCUGCU